GGAUGGAAGGAGGCAAAACCUAGUGGGAAUGAGAAGCAGUUUUGUUGGGACAAUUUUCUAUCCUCAGUAACCUUGCGGUUGAUUGAUGAUAUGAGAUUACAGUUUCUCAAUUUAUUAUCUUACAUUGAAUUUGUUGACAAGUCCAGGGGUCCUAAUGCUUACAACCAGUACAGUCAUGAUUUGGAGAUGGUUUGUGUAAUCCUUUGUGCCGGGCUCUACCCUAAUGUUGUUCAGUGCAAAAGAAGAGGAAAACGGACGGCGUUCUAUACGAAAGAAGUUGGGAAGGUUGACAUCCAUCCAGCUUCUGUCAAUGCCCGGGUUCAUCUCUUCCCUCUGCCUUACAUGGUAUAUAGCGAAAAGGUGAAAACCACCAGCAUCUAUGUUAGAGACUCUACCAACAUUUUAGAUUAUGCCCUGCUUCUGUUUGGCGGUAAUCUUCCCCGGCGAAAAUGGCGAGGGCAUUGA